AUGCCUCCAAUUAUAAUCAGCGACAGCGACAGCGAAGAAGAGGACCGCAAGCCUGAAUUGUCACCACCUCGCCGUCCCCUUAUAGAUCCCUCUCUUGACCGUGAGAUCAAUGAGCUAAAGAAACAGGAAAGCAAAGACAAAGACGAGCGUUCAGAAUUGCUCUCCCGGCUUGAUAAGGUCAAUAAGAGAUUGGAGAGAUCUCAGAAGCGAAGAUCCGAAUUGGUCGAGAAAAAGAAUGCGGCUUUGGAUUUGGUUCCUAAGGAAGGGGAACCUCAGGGUCGGAAGACAGUCAAAAAGGAAACCAAAGUAGAGGUCAAGAAAGAGGUGAAGGAAGGAAACAAAAAAGAGGCCAAGAGAAAGGGCAGGAAGGAGAUUGAGAAGGAAAGCCUGAGUGCUCGGGCUCCAGAUACUCAAGUGGCUCGGGGUUCUAUAUUAGAAUCCCGAGCUGAUGUUGAUAAUCGUGCUGGCACCCCGGUAGUUCCGCGGGCUGUACGGAAUUCAAUAGUCAAAGAGGAGUUCAGUUCCGAUUCAGAGAAUGGUGUUCCGAGGUUCACUGUAGCACGGUCGGAGCCAAUGAGCCCACCGGCAGUUUCACGGUCGGAACCAGGGAGCUCUCCGGUAGCUUCACGGUCAGAGCCAGGGAGCCCGUCGGCAGCUUCGCGGACUUCGAGACAAAGCACACGGGCUUUGAGUUCAAUAUCACAAAGUCAUCCGCUUGAUUCUCAACCCGCAGCACCAGCAUCAGCAUCAGCAUCAGAUGAUGGAAUCGAGAUCUACGAGAAAGUUCGACCCUGGGCAAAGCCCACAGAAGAUAACGACCAGAUUGCAGCCUCUGACGCUCCAUUCAGGAAGUUUGGUGCCAGCGAGAUGAUCAAGAUGUGGCCUAAGCUCAGAAUCCCAAACCUGCCUUGGCCCACCACCAUGUUUACGCGUAGAUUUUUAUCAAAGGUUCUUGGAGGUGGUGAGCAGAUGGUAGAGUGUGUUAUUAGUGCAGCGAAACAAAGGACCCAGAUAUACCCUAUCAAAGUUUACUACUGUGAACGAGCCGAAUGGUCUCCGGACAUGCCCUCAGAGCCUGGUGCCCACGGCGUAGUCUAUGCCACCGCACCCGACCCUAGAGACUCCGAUCGUCCAGUAGACUUUAAUUAUUCCAGUUAUGCCGUGUUUUGUAGGCGGGCUGCUAAUAAAUGGGAUUACUGCGGUGAAUAUGAAAUCACAAGGCGCAAAUUCAUUCCUGGGGAAUGGGGCAGAAUAUCAGAGGUUGCGAAGAAAUCAUGGUCCGAGGGGUUUUCUGGGAAGACGGGGAAGAAAUGGGGUAUCAACAUCCUGAUGAAACAGUGUCAAAUUUACAAAUGCGUGGAUUAUAAGCUUGAUUUCUAUGAAACACUCAAAGAGGCUUGGCUAAGAGAGAUAGAGAUCGACCAGGAAAUAAAAAGGGAAGAGGAGGAAGAUGAGGAGGGUAGAGGCAUAAGACUUCCUGAAAAAAGGAAAAGGAGAUUAACCACUACCACAAGGGUUCCCAAAAAUACAGAGGAGGAGGAGGAGGAGGAGGAGGAAGAGGGGGAUGGAGAUAUAAGGCUCCCUGUAAAAAGGAAAAGGAGAUCGACUACUGCCAGAAGGGUUUCCAAAGAUACAGAGGAGGAGGAGGAGGAGGAGGGCGAAGAGGCGUUGGUGGAAAGGCAGGAAACGAGAAGGAAACGGAGGAGGAGAAGGAGAACUGACGAUGAGGAGGGGUAUGACGAUGAUGAAGAUGAAGAUUAUACAGAGAACUAA